CAAGCAUCACCAACCCUUGCUCCCGAGAACAUUUAGCAUCGACUUGGUGCCCUUUUUACGCAUCUUACUAAUAAUUUCUUUUCGUUAUUAAUACUACUCUUUUCGCCAGGCAACCAUUAGUCACGUUCUACUUGUCGCCAUGAUCUAGCAGCUCGGUAGUCACAAGACCAAUACAAGCAUCACCAGCCUCCCGUCGCAGCGUUCACGGCAACCUACUGAAUCCUCCAACUUGAGCAGCGACAAUAUAAUAUCAACCAUGUCUGGCUCGUAUCCGGACGAAGAGGAACCAGCCGACCUCCCGGUUUCCACGCCGUUGACGCUAGCAAAGGCGCUGUUUGACCGUCGCCCAGACUACGUACGAAGACGAACGAUCAAAGUCAAGAUUGGAACAUGGAAUGUGGCAGGAUGCCCGGGGACCGACAAAGAUCUUGCAAGCUGGUUUCUUCAAGAUGACGCUCCAGAGGUCAAGGGCCUGGAAAAGCUGAGCAUUUCUAGCACGGCGCCAGACGGCGAGACCGCGCCGCAAGCAUCCAAGGGUCGAACCGACAUUGGACUUUAUGUCCUUGGCCUGCAGGAGGUUAUCGAUCUGAAUAUGACAAAAGAGUACAUGAAUCGCACCAUCAAUCCAGAUCUAACACCAACCGAAAAGUGGAAGACGGCGCUCGAAGCAGCGAUGCCGGAAGGAUAUCAGCUUGUCGCCACCGACCAGAUGGUUGGACUGCUCCUUUUCAUAUAUGCAUCACCUGAGGUUUCUGCCAAUCUAUCCAACAUUAGCACUAAGCAAGUCGGUACCGGUCUACUCGGCUAUUUUGGCAACAAAGGUGCCAUCGCGACUAGAAUUGUACUUGGAGAGACAACGCGGCUGGUCUUUGUAAAUUGUCACCUAGCUAGUGGCUCUACAGCGACCUACUUGGACCGUCGCUAUUGGGAUGUCUCGCAGGUUCUCACAAAAACUAUUUUCGAUCCCAUUAUUCAUAUGGGGCGCAUUGAGGAAGAUGGCGAGAAGAUUGGUGACGAGGACUUUGCCUUUUGGUUUGGAGAUCUGAACUUUCGCCUAGAUGGUUUACCUGGCGAUGAUAUCCGUCGAAUCCUCACUCUUCAUACAAGAGGUGAAUAUGACGUUCAUAGUAGCAAAGCUUCUGGAGCGUUUGAGGACGAGGGUGUUAUUGUCACCAAAACGCCUGACGACGAUGACGCGGCGACCACUACUACAACGACAACUACAACUGCGUCGUCUAUACAUUCACGCGAGCAAAGUUUCGAUACAAUAACAUCAUUGCCAGACCCAGACGACUUUCCAGAAGAUCCUAGUCAGGACCCUGCCUCACUACAAGCGACCAUUGAUUCGCUUUUGCCCCACGAUCAGCUGAAGCGGUCUAUGCGUGACAAGAAGGUCUUCCAUGAUGGAUGGCGUGAGGGUCUAAUUACCUUUUUGCCAAGCUACAAAUACGAUGUUGGGAGCGUCACGCUUUUCGAUUCCAGUGAAAAGCAGCGCGCUCCCAGUUGGUGUGACCGAAUUUUGUUUCGAACCAAGCUCGAUAGACAACAACACGAGAAGAAAGCUGCGGAAGAGCUGGAAGCGAAGAAGAAGGAUGAUGAAAUGAAAUCUCGCGGUCUUGAAGAAGACGAUGAUGUUCUUUUCACAUAUGACCCCGAAAACGAUGGAGAUGAUACCCCCGCUGAAGCCGCUGAUGAACCUUUAGCUGCAUAUGAACCUUAUGACGAAGAUGAAAGUGGAGAGCCUGUUGAGUUCGAGGCGGAGGAAGACACUGACAGAAUCGCCCAGACGCAGUACAUGUCUUAUCAGCGCAUUACAUCGUCAGACCAUAAGCCCAUCGUGUCGUUCUUCACUCUUGACUAUGACUGCGUGAUUCCCGAGUUGAAGACUCAGGUUUACGCAGAAGUAGCUCGCGAGUUAGACCGUGCCGAGAACGAACGACGCCCGGUCAUCACAAUUGUGAAUGAGGGUGACGAGAGUGUCGUUGACUUGGGCGAGAUGGGUUUCCUGCAGAAGAAUUCGACUACUUUGACGGUGGCAAACACAGGAAGUGUUGCUGCUACUCUAGCAUUUGUCGAUAAGCCAUCCUUGGUCGAUGAUGUGGCUGCUGGUUCAUCCUGGCUUAGUUCGUCACUUACUCACAAUGACGAUGUCGACGAAGUGAGCUAUAAGGAGGUUACGCUCCAGCCAGGCGAAACGGCUGAUGUCACCAUCAGCGGACAAGUCACAUCUAUCCCGUUGCUUCGGGCUCUAAACGAUGGUCACCAAAGUCUUGACGAUGUCCUUAUCCUUCGUGUCGAAGGCGGCCGUGAUCACUUCUUAGGCGUACGAGCAACAUGGCGGGCCACUUGCUUUGGUCGGUCCAUUGAUGAGCUUAUUCGAGUCCCUGACGGUGGUAUUCGACAAUUUAUACAAGAUAAGCAGAUCAAAGGCGCCAUUCCGUACGACUUUGCCGUUCACUGCUCCGCUCCAAGAGAGCUGUUCAAAUUGACCGAGGCUAUCCAGACACUUUCAGAGCGAUGUGUUGCAGAUGCCGCCAUGCUUGAGGAGUUUGAAAUGUCUGAUGAGCCCGGGUGGCCAUUCGACUCGAAGACUUGGACGGCUAAGCUGAAGGACCAGGACUCUCUCACAGCCGUCAUCAUCGACGCCAUGGACAGAGACGCUUCCAUCACUGAAGCCCUACCUGUCGAACUGCCCUCAUCUCAUCGCCUCGAACUGCUGGCAGCUACUCUUCUCUUGUUUCUAUCAUCGUUUACCGAUGGCCUUGUCCCAGCUCAGCUAUCAGCUAAGAUGGCAACAACUAUACCCAAUGUCUCCAGUCUUGCGGCGUCAGCACUUCCGGACAUGAAGUUCCGCAUCCUGGAUAUCAUGUCGUCUGUUCCGAGUCAUAACAUUGCAUUUGUCUUCUUGACUACUACACUUGCUAGAGUAGCUACGGAGCUUGUCCCAGUUACGAAGAAGGAGGAUGGCCUGCAGCGCCGGCUGAGCUUUAAGAAGGCUGAUGAUGGCGAUGGCGCCCGCCGAAGACGGGCACGACAGAAGCGCUACGCUGAGGUUCUGGCACCAGAUGUGUUUAGAGACAAGACGGUGGGGGAUAAAGAGAAGGCCAUCCUGGAACUAUUUUUGAGAACAGAUGUCGACGGCUAGGGGCUUGCAAGAGGACGAAGAGGCAGAAGGCGGCGCCGUCUACUCUGCGCAUUUCAAAGCCUCCGUUUAAGAAUUCACCAUAGAAUAUAGAUUCACAUGGAACGCAUGUCAACGUUUAUUAAUACACGGUAUAUAUUUUCUCUUGAAUAUGGGUCAGCUUGAUCCUUGGAUAUAGUAUAUUGAUCCAGUGCGUGUUGUACACCAACCGCCAACUGGGAACUGCGCAAGCAGUUGCCCUCCAACAUGGAGUUUGAAAAUGGAAUACCGCGGCUCGCUACGAGUUGCAUGUGUCAAAAACCUACGCAUCAUACUUUUUCACUUUUGCAACAACCCAUCACGGUAAUGUGUGGUCGCUGAUACGGUCACCGGAACGGGACAACAAGACAAGAUAUUCACGGGACUCAGGUAGGCGGGAAGCUCCGUUUGGAGGGAACGGCAUAGCUACGCCCCGAAACAAAAACACAAAACACAUAUCGAACUUGUUUAAUCCCGUUUCAGGCUGGGGCAGAAGAGAUAAAUCUCCGUGACCCGCAUCGCGUAUCGGACAAUCGAGAGCGGCAAGCACGGGUGAGUUUCCUUUCCCAUCAAGCAAUCGCUGGCUUACACGGCAGGAUGCGAAGAGGCGCUGUGCGCUUUAGGAAUGGUGUGUUUCAGAUGCUACUCCUCUUUGUCUUGUGAGGACAUAAAGGACGCUCGAUUGGGCGAGUAAAACAAGGCAAGUUCCGCUAGCACAUCGUGAGAGACAGGGAAAGUUCCGAUAGAGACAAAAAGGGCCAAUGAGACAAGGCAUCUUCCGGUUUCUUGGUCGCAUCUCGCUGCCCAAGACAGCUGGUAAGUUCCGCUAAAAGGGUAAACAAGGCAAGUUCCGUUAGAGACAACAGGGUCGUAAAACCUCUAUUGAGCCACAUGUUUCGCAAUGCCCAAUGUUUUCAAAGCAAAAUAGAGUUGGGCGACGUCCCCCCAAAAAAGCCAAAACAAAACGGUGAUGGAUCUUCAGCAGCAUCGGUCGUCUGUGCAUACCAUUCGAUCGACGGCGCGGAUGCGACUCGCUCGGCGCAAACUCCACUUAGUGGGCAAUAUACGCGGGAACGGCCAGCCAGCGCCCUGGGCAGAAAAAGCUAAAAGGGAAAUAGUUGAGAUGGUCACCGUUGGAAACACGCAUGGAACUUCCCGCGGUCCAAAGUUUGAGAAGCACAGUGUAAAGUCUAACUGGGCGAAAUUGGUAUAAUCAGAGUUUGGCCAGGCGCGGAUCGAAUAUCCCAAUCCAUCAAGGACAAUGGAGCAGCUAAAAGUAUAAAAGAAAGGAGAAGCGCGUCUACGGCCUGUGAGUGGUGGGAGGUUUAGCCUAACCUUGACCAGCGCAGGUGAGGCGAUAUUUGACAAGCGCCAAUGAGCAUCCGGGAAUAGGCUUCUUCACCGUCGCCUGGCGUGUUUCAGAAUGAACGGCGACGGGUGCUAGGGCCCUCCCGGACGCAGGCGUGCCAGCGUGACGUCGGAUGGACCGUAGGGUGCGAGGAGCCAGGGUUGUGGAAGGUUUGGAAGCGUCGCCACCGUGGUUGGCAGCCUGCACGGCGAGCCCUGUCGCGAUGCU